UUUGACAGCCGGAUAAAAAAAUGGAAAUAAGACAGGUAAUUCUACUCUAAAAAAUAUAUAACUUACCUUCUUACAUGUUCUUUUGUUAAUUCCAAAAAUUCCAAUUAAAAAAUCAUAAAAUUCAUCAUUAUAAAGUAUUUUUUCAAUAACCAAAACAUUCCUCGUCUGCAUUGUGACAUCAUAUGCAUUGAUGACGUCAUCAACUUUUGUGUUUCAUGUACAGGGUGUUUCCAAAAAUUCGAUCCAUUUUUACCUACCUUCUUAUGAGUGGUAGUAUUUUUUCUUGUAGUUUCAAAGUACUGUUAAGAGGAAGUACAGAACUACUUACACCCCUCAGGAUGUUACAGAUGCAUAUAACAUGGUAAAAGAACACCAUCUACCUGUGGAACGUGUUGCCAAACAGUUUGGCAUACCAAUUACAACAUUAAAAGAUAGAAUAAGAGGAAAAACAUCAGUAGAUGUCCUUAAGUCUGGUACUCCUCCUCUAUUCUCACAAGAACAGGAAGCAUUUCUGAGUCAGCACCUUAUUACAAUGGCUGAGAUUGGUUUUGGAUAUACCCGGCAGGAAACAAUUAACUUAGCCUCAGAUUAUGCUGUGCAUCUUGGCCUAAGAGAACAAGACAAACCUCUUUCUAAACAGUGGUUUUAUAACUUUCUGAACCGAUGGCCUAGCAUUAAAGUUGUGAAACCUAGAUCUUUGGAGAUGGCAAGAGCAAGAAGUGCAACCCGCCCGGCUAUUGCCCAGUACUUCAAUGAACUAAACAAAAUUCUCACCAAAUACAACUUAAAAGAUAAACCACAUUGCAUUUAUAAUAUUGAUGAGAAAGGUCUUUCACUUGAACAUAAGCCACCAAAAAUUGUCACAGGUACUCAUUAUAAACCACAGGCUGUUACAUGUGGAAAGUCGAAAACAGUCACUGUGAUUGGUGGAGGAAAUGCUGUUGGAAACCAAGUGCCGCCCUUUUUCGUAUUUCCUGGUGUUAGGAUGCUUCCAGGUCUACUUGAAGGCUGUACUUCUGGCACGUCUGGAACAGUAUCAGAAUCUGGCUGGUCUAACACUGAAGUGUUCACAAAGUAUAUGACAGAGCAUCUAGAGCCACAUCUACCCUCUCGGGCUGACGGCAGUAAGGUGCUCGUAUUGUAUGAUGGUCACAGAAGUCAUGUUUCCUUGGGCUGA